AUGCCACCCAGGUUUGAUACCAGCGUUUACACCGUGGGCUGGGUCUGCGCGAUCAAGGAUGAGGUCACUGCUUCUCGAGCCUUCCUCGAUGAGGAGCAUGAACAGCCUCCUAGGCGGCCGAAUGACAACAAUGUCUAUAUCGUUGGCGCAAUGGGAGAACACAAAGUAGUCAUUGCGUUUCCUGGAGCGGGCUCGUACGGUGCAGAUGUCAUUGCUCAUACAGUGGCACACAUGGACCCAUUAAAUGACAUUCGAUUGGGAGAUGUUGUUGUUAGUAUGCCAAAGGGAAACUACAGUGGGGUGUUGCAGUACGACAAAGGUCGCUGGAAGGAUGAUGGUUUUGAAAUCAGAUCACACAUGAAUCAACCUCCCAAGCUUCUACUGGCUGCAAUGAAACUGCUGCAAUCUGAUCAUGACAUUGGCCGCGGGAAGAUGACAGACUACAUUGAAGACAUUAGACAGAAGUCUACUGCAUUACGAUCAUGGGGCUUUCGCUCCCCAGGCCGCAAGCUCGAUCGACUAUACAAGCCGGAUUUCCCACAUAGGGGGAAAAAGGACUGCACGGACUGCGGGUUUGAAGGAUUGGAAAAGCGUCUUGAUCGUGAAACUGAUGAACCCGUCGUCCACUAUGGUAUCAUCGCCUCGGCCAAUGCUAUGAUGAGGUCUGCCGUGUACCGCGACUAUCUGAGAAACGCCUGGGGUGUAUGCUGUUUUGAAACAGAGGCCGCGGGCCUUAUGAAUGACCUUCCAUGUGUGGUAAUCAGAGGAAUUGCCAGUUACUCCGACGGCCAUAAGUAUGAUCAUUGGCAGCGAUAUGCAGCAGCCACGGCAGCCGCGUACGGCAAAGAUCUUCUACGAGUCAUGCCACCCGAGGAGCCUGGCAGUACCGGAGUCACUUCUCGAAUUGAUGAAUACUUAUUGCGGAACCUUGGAGAAAUAGAAAACCGAGUCGCCAAACUUAAUGAAAUGAUAUCCCACAAUCAUAACGAAAUAAUUCUCAGAUGGCUCAAUGAUUUUUCCUACGAUCUAGACAAAAGUUUCGUCUUCGAUGAAAUCCACCCAGGAACAGGCCAGUGGCUAUUGGACUCGGACGAGUUCCAGUCCUGGUAUCAGGCUAGAGGACAAACACUACUCUGUCUAGGCAUUCCUGGCGCAGGCAAGACGGUUAUGGCAGCUACCAUUAUUGAAUAUAUUAAUACACACCGGCACAAUGAGAACCUGAAUCACGCACUUGGAUAUGUGUUCUUCAGCUUCAACUUUCCAUCACAAAAGAGAGCCAGGAACUUUGUCGCGUCAAUUUUGAAACAGCUUGCCCAACAAGACCGGCAACUGAUGCAGGGUUUGAAGGCUCUUUAUGGUCGACAUAGUGUCAGGGGCACGCAACCGUCAACACGCGAGAUGAUCGACGUUCUUUGUUCCAUGAGCAGUGAUAGGCAGGUAUACGUCGUUAUUGACGCGCUGGAUGAGAUCCAAAGUCCCCAGAAAGGACCGACGGAAUUCUUAUCGGAGCUGUUUCGAAUGCAGGAUGCUACUGGCCUAAAUAUACUCGCAACCUCACGCUUCGCUCCCGAAAUUGAAAAGAACUUCAGGGAAAGGGACGAUUGUUCCUUUCUGGAAAUACGUGCCACGGAUGAAGAUAUUCGAAGGUAUAUUCAGGGAAAUAUCACUUCCCUGCCGUCCUUUGUCACGCAGGAUCAAGCGAUGGCGGACAGAAUAUUGAAGGAAAUUCCCCGGGGUGCUAGCGGAAUGUUUCUUUUUGCAAGGCUGUGCCUCGAUUCCUUGCGGGACCAAGUCUCACCCAAGCGCAUGCACCGGGCAUUAACAAAGAUGUCUAACAAUUCAGGGCUUCGGAGAUUGGCGUACCAAGAGACCAUGAAGCGUAUCGAGAGCCAAUCACCAAACUUGAGAACCCUGGCCAUACAUGCCCUUUCAUGGAUUGUUUGUACUAAAAGACCUCUGAGUAUCUUGGAAUUGCAGCAUGCAUUAGCGAUACAAACAGGCAGUCACUCGAUUGACACGGAAGACGUUGCUGAUGCCACAUUAAUAAUCUCUGUGUGCGCGGGGAUCGUCUCCGUGGACAUGGAGAGUGGCGUUGUCCGUCUCGCCCACCCUACCGCACAGGGUUUUUAUAGCGACUUCUUGGAAGAAUGGUUUCCAAAUGCUCAUCGAAAAAUUGCCGAAGCAUGCGUCACAUAUUUGUCCUAUGACUGGGUUAAUAGUCAGGACGCCACAGCCAUAGUACCCCAGCAUCCCUUUUACCGCUAUGCGGCUCAAUAUUGGAACCACCAUAGUCAACUUGACCCAGUGAAUGACGGACUCCUACUGCCACUCCUGAUGUCGAAGGAAAAGGUGGAGUUGUAUACACAGUAUAUGCCCCGCCUGAAUUGCCGCUAUUAUGAUAUGAAGCUAGAUAAUCCACAAGACAUCACCGGCCUUCACUUGGCAGCUUACUUUGGGCUGAUCGAUAUCGCUAAAGAGCUUGUCAAGCACGGCGGCAAUCUGAAUGCAAAGGACAGCUGGGGAAGAAAUGUUUUUGCGUGGGCUGCAGAAUUUGGACGCAAGGAAUUUUUCGAGCAUUUUCACGACAACGUCAGUCUUUGGCACCAAGAAGACAAGUUUGGUAUGACGCCACUGCAACUGGCAUCAUCAAAUGGCCACACACAUGUUGCAAAGAUUCUGGAGAACCGACAUUGCGGCCCUGAGAAAGAGGAAACCUCAACUUCCGAGGCUGAAUUGGUGUACGCGGCUCGGAUUGGUGAUGAACGUUUGGUUGAAGCGCGUUUGCGCCAAGGAGUCUCGGAAAAUUGCCAGCAGGGUAGGCGUACACCUUUGCAGUUGGCAGCUAUUGGCGGGCAUCUGGCUGUCGGGAAAGCUUUGCUAGAAAAUGGCGCCGAUCCUAAUUUGACUGACUGGCACGGACGGACUCCCUUGCAUCAUGCAGUCCUAAGUGGGAAAGAAGAGGUCGUGAAGCUACUCCUGGACUAUGGUGUAGACUUGAAUCUCAAAGACAGAAAUGGUGACACUGCUUUGAUAUGCGCAGUCACUGUAGGACGUGACCCGAUAGUUCGCCUCCUCUUGAACUACAAACCUCAGCUUGAUUCUCAGGACAGUUAUGGUAACACGGCUCUGAUCGAGGCAGUUGCCUUUUGUUCCGAUGAGACGUUCGGUGAACUGUUACAAAGUGGCCCCGAUCUCAAUAUUCAGAAUAGAAAUGGUGUGACCGCCCUGAUUCGUGCAGCCCUUGACAGACAAGUGGGAAAAGCCCGUCUCUUGUUGGCAUCUGGGCUGCAGGUUAAUCUUCGCGACGUUACAGGCGCCACGGCUUUGAUUUAUGCAGCCCAAAAUGGGUGCUACGAGAUUGUCGAAGCACUAGUCCAGGGUGGAGCCCAUCUGGACAUUCAGGACAAUAGAGAUCAGACGGCUCUUCUGUGGGCUAUGCGAAGCGAUCACGAGCCGAUAACUACUUUACUUAUCCUAAGUGGUGCAGACAUAGAGAUAACCGCAGAUAAACAGGGGGAUUUUCCGCUGAUUUGGGCUAGGAACUACUGCAUUAAUCUAUGGAGUUCUUUGGGGCCAGGAGGAGAAGGUCAAUUUGCUGCUAGAAAGUGGCGCUGAUUGGAAUGUGCGCGAUGACGAGGGACAGACGGCUUAUUUUUAUGCAUGCCACAAUAAACAUGACAAUAUAGUACAGUCGUUACUGCGUUAUCAAACAGCUGAUGAGACGGGAGUCGGAAAGGAGGCAUCCCAGUCUGACAAUGCCACAGUCUGCGAGGACCAGGUGUUAUCUGGAAGCGAAUAAGCCUGUGGCUCACUGUAGGUACGACAAUUGACAUCAAAGGAUGACAAAUUAUCAAGGCCGAAUUAGGAUUUCUAGCAAUUCAAUGAACCAACGUGUUUCAAGAUGAACCAGUACCCGAAUAUGAACGAAACCAGUCGCUACUGGAAUUCAAUUUCUCCUACAGCUCUCCCUUUUGACCUUAACCACAGUCAACGGGUACUCAUCCCCAUCUGACUCCACACCCACAUCUGGUCUCUUAGGAAGUAUGUCCUUACUAGAAUCGCCUGAUAGCCCACGGAGGCCUGGUCUAGGAUAGCUUGAAUUCCCCUGUCCUUGAGAGGACUGCUUUCUGCUGAACACUCG